UAAUGCAAACACUAAGGUGGCCGGCUUUGUGUCAAUGGAGGCACUUCUGGAAAACCUCGUCGAACAUGUUACAUGUCCGAUUUGCUUGGAUACCUACACGGACCCAAAGACUAUAGCUUGUUUUCAUACCUUCUGCUGUGAAUGCUUGAAAAGACAUGCUCUGGCAACUCAAAAACAGGGGCGCUAUCGAUGCCCCGAGUGCCAAGCAGACCUUGACAUCCCCGAAGGAAAUCGUUUCACCGAUUUGCCAAGCAGUUUUCAACACAAUAACUUAUUGAAUCUUCUUGCUGUUCGACGAAAUAGCGAAGGAAGUGCGGUAGAUUGUAGUAUAUGUCGGAAAAACAGCGCCGAAACGAGCUACUGCUUUGAUUGCCAGAAAUUUAUGUGCUGUGAUUGCGUUAAAGCUCAUGAAUUGUUCCGCACAACUGCGUUUCAAGGGCACAAAGUGACGCUUUUGAAACAGUUUAAAACUGAAGACUACGAAGCCUUGUUAAGACGGCCGUCAUUUUGCUCGCAGAAGCAGCACGAGCGAGAAGUAAUGAAGUUUUACUGUCUUGAUUGUCAAAGCUGUAUUUGUCAAAUUUGUAACGACACGGAUCACAGAAGCCAUGAUGUCGUGCCGCUUGACGAGGCAGCAGACGCCGAAAAAGCCAAAAUCAUGUCCGAAGUUGAGGCGAUGAAAAAAGGAAAAGAGGCUUGCACUGAAAUUCUUCAACAAAUGGAGAAGAAUAAACAAGACUUCGAAACUAGCAUAGCUGCUGCGAAACAGCAAGUUUCGCAAGCAACGGAAAAAAUGAUCGCGAGGGUUAAAGCACUCGAGAGUGAAGCCAUGACAUCCCUCGAGAAUACGCGCGCGUCGAGGAUGGAGAAACUGACUUCAGCAAGGGAAUCUGCCCAGUCUUUGGUCAGGCAAAUAAACCAAACAGUUGAGUUCGGUAACGACUUGCAGCAGAGAAGACCAACCUCAGACGUCGAACAAAGCAAAAAGUAUCUGGAAGAGCGAUUAAAAGAGCUUAGUCAAACCCAAGUACCAACAGUUUCCGUCAGUCCGUUUGUUCAAUUUGUUCCAGCAUGGUCACCUGAAGAUUUGAGCCUUGGAUUCGCAACAAUCAAUAUAGAUGGAAAUGAAUCAACGUUGGAAAGCCAAAGUUUCCACGCUGGUGAAGAAGCAGUGAUAUCGAUUUAUCCCGAACUGCAAAAAGGUAAAUUCAGAAAUAAAAAGCACAAAGCUCAGGCUGAAGCUCACAUAGAGCCCGCUGAGCAGAUAGCUGAGGGAAGCCUGAAAAUCUGUGAAAAAGAAAACGGAACUUUUCAAGUUAAAUUUGUAGCGAAAUUUCCAGGUACCUAUAAAGUCAACGUUAUAAUAAACGGCGAAACCCUUACUCAAUGCCCUCUCACCGUGUUGGUAAUGGAACCGGGAAAGACAAGUUGACUUUUGACGCGAACUAAGAAAAAAAAAUUCGCGCACGGAUAAAGAUUGUUACGACUUUCAAGCUUUUGAAAGGUGCCAUCGGUGCGACUCAAGUUAAAAUUUGGUAAAAUUAAAUUUAUGUGUAGAGAAAGAUUGGCUAGAAAGUUCGUUUUCAUGGAGACCGUGAUUAUCUUCAGUUGUUGAACUGCCUGCCAAUUAAUAUCAGUAACCUUGUAACCUGGCUAUAUUAACACAACUUGGUCACAUGACCUUCUCAAUCUUAAAAAAAAUGGUCGUGGUGUGAAAUAGAUAUCGGAAAAAUAGAGAGAUUGACGAAAUUUGUUGAAUUUCGAUUUCGAAGUCACUGUCGUCAAAGCUUAAG